AUGUUUUCCAAGAGUAAAGAAGAACAGAAAAAAUAUCAAAAUAUUAUAACACAAAAAUUAAGAGAGCUAUUGGGAGAAUAUGAAGUUGAUAUACUAACUGAAUAUGUAUGGCACAUGGCCGGAAAUGCAAAAAGUAGUAGUGAAUUUAUGUGCAAUGAGUUAAAGGAUUUUUUAGGAGAUCAUACCACUGUUUUCGUUAACUGGUUAAUGAAACUUAUGAAUGAUAUAAAAAAGCAAAAAAAAAUUAGUGAGAUUAGCUCAAAAAAUGAAAAAUCACAUAAAUCUGGUUACACUAAAGAUAAACAACAUGACGAAUUAUCAAAAUCUAAUAAAAGUAGAGACUCAAGGAUAAGGCAGUCGGUUAUUCAUAGCAAGAGAACAAAAGGAAGCUUAAAGGAAAAUGAUACAAAUAAAAAAGAUUUUUCAAGUGUUAGAAAAAGAUCAAGAAGUUUUUUAAGUAGAAGUAGUAAGUAUUCUAAUGAAGAUGCAUCUUUUUCAAGGAGAAGAAGCAAAAAAAGACAGAAAAGGGGAUUAAGUUCAAGUUCAUCUAGUUCUAAUAUGAGAAAAUUUCAUUAUGAUAAAAAUAAAAUGAAAACAAAAAAAACAGAUAAAAGUAAAGAUGGAGAUAAAAUGAAAUUAAAAGAUAAAUAUAGGAAGAGUGAUAAAAGUACAAGCCGUUCUUUUUCACCUAGUCGUGUCAUCUAUGUGGAAAAAGAGGAAGAUAAAAAAGAAAAGAAAAAUGAAAUAUUUUUAGAUAAUUUAUUAAAUAGAAGUGAAAUAGAGCUUAAAAAAAAAAAUGACAAUACUGAUGAAUAUAACACUAGCGAAAAAAAAAACAAAGCAAUUUUAAAGCCAAAUCCGCGAUUUGUUGGAGAUAAUUCAGUUUCGUAUAUGCAACAACCAGCUCCAAGUGUAAAUAAUCCAGAUAUUUCAAGCUAUAACAUGAAUUAUACAUAUGAUAACAUGAAUGUACAAAAUUAUGAAAAAGAAAUAAAUUCUAUUGGAAAUUAUUAUCAAGGAAAUUAUAUGUUAGCGCAGCAAAAUGCAAUGGAUAAUAAUUAUCUUUCGAAUAAUGUGAAUAAUAAUUUUUUUAAUAAUAGAUAUUCAAAUAAUAUUCAACAAAAAAAUAUAAAUUUAAAAAUGAAUAUGAAUAAAAAUAUGUCUCAAUCUAAUUAUAUGAAUACAAAUAGAUUUAAUAAUAAUAAUUAUUUAUAUCAAAAAAAUAAUACAAUGAAUGUUAAUGUACCGAAUAUUUUAAGUAAUGAUAAAAUGAACAUACCAAAUUAUUCAAAACAUACUGCUUCAAAUAUUAGAAACCAGCCAAGCUAUUUUAUGAAUACAAAUAAUAAAAAUGAUUUUACUGAUAAACAAAAUCAAUAUCAAUAUUAUAUGCCUAAAGUAAAUAAACAACAAAUGUUUAUUCAGAAUUCAGUAAACUCAGAGAAAAAUGUAAAAGUUCAACAGUCUAAUUUGACUCAUUUAGCAAAUAAAAACUUUCCAUCUCAACAAAAUACACAAAAUAUAACUUUUAGUAAUGAUCAAAAUAAUCAUAAUAAUAUUCACCCCAAUGCAGAAUCAUCUCAAGUACAACAAAAUAAUACACAAUUAGAAGAAGAAAAAGUACAGAGCAUUUCUAAAGUGAAUGAAACAGGAAUUCAAGGAGCUAACACAGAAAAUACAACUAAUAAUCCAAAUGUUAUUAUAAAGAUACAAAAAAAAUGCCUUUUUUUACCAAAUUGCCAAUAUGGAGAAAAAUGCCGUUAUAUUCAUCCCAGCGAAAAUUGCCGAAAUUGGCCAUACUGUGCUUUUGGAUCAGAGUGUAUAUAUAUUCAUCCUGAUGUUCCUUGUAAAUUUGGAAUAUAUUGCUGUAAUUACUAUUGUAAUUAUUCUCAUGAUCAUGUUAAUUCAACUGCCUUACCCGAAAUUGGAACAAAUGGAUAUUUUUUAAAUAAAAAAUUAAUCAAUAAUUAUGAUAAAAAUAGUAAUAAUAUGAAUUUUGAUGAUAAAGUAGCUCAAAUUUCAAUUAGUAUGCCAAAAACUCCACCAGAAAUGAGAAAAGAUAAAAGCAAAAAUGAGUAUAAUGAAAAUGAAUAUAUUCAAAAUCUUUUAGAAACAGAAAAAGAUAAAUUAGAAGAACAAGUAAAUGAACCAACAGAAGAUAAAGAAAACAUGAAUGUAACCACAGUUGAACAAAACGAGGAGAAGGAAUAUGAGGUAGAAGAUAAUUAUAUAUUUCAGAAUAGUAGUAACCAAAACAGUUAUUCCCGUGAUAAUGUAGGAACUGAAAUUAAUGAAAGUAUAAAAAAUAAUGAAAAUGAAUCAAAUAAUUAUAACUGUUUCGAAAUAGUAAUAGAUCCUGAUAAUUUAAAAGAUAAAAAAUUAGUAAAAGAAAAUUUUGAAGAUUCUUUUAAUAAAACGGAAAAUAAUCAAGAAGCAAGUAACAUUGACAGUAAUGUAUUUACUAUUGAGGAUAGCUCUUAA